UUCAUCUUUAUCUCUUUCCCUCUCUAGCCUAACCUUCCCUCUCUUAUUUCUAUACGUCUCUGUGACCCGGUGUUAAUUAGUCCUUCAAAUCAAUGGCGGGUAGGGGCAAAACUCUCGGAUCCGGAGCCGCCAAGAAGGCCACGUCUCGGAGCAGCAAAGCCGGCCUCCAGUUUCCUGUUGGUCGUAUCGCCCGGUUCCUGAAGGCCGGCAAAUACGCCGAGCGUGUUGGCGCUGGUGCUCCGGUCUAUCUCGCCGCCGUCCUCGAAUACCUAGCCGCGGAGGUUCUUGAGUUGGCUGGAAAUGCAGCUCGGGACAACAAGAAGACCAGGAUUGUACCGCGCCACAUCCAGCUAGCGGUCCGAAAUGACGAGGAGCUGAGCAAGCUUCUCGGUGACGUGACGAUUGCUAAUGGUGGUGUCAUGCCCAACAUCCACAACUUGCUCCUGCCGAAGAAGACCGGUUCCUCCAAGGCCUCUGGUGCUGACGAUGACUCGUAGAUUGAAGUGAGAGAGCUGGGAAUUGCGGCAUUGUACGUGUUGGAAUUGGAUUUAAUGUCUCUUUUUAAUAUGGUUUAUAGUUUUUGUUAGGGUUCGAGUUCUCUGUGUUUGUGGGGGUUGUAGCACAUGGAGGUGGUAGUUAGGGUUUCAGGUGGUAGUGAAUGUGAAUAGAAUCAUCAUCUUCUACUAGUUAUAGAAGAUAUUGUUGAAUUUUAUUUUAUCUUACUUUUCGGAUUGAUAGCUAAUGACAUUGAUGCGACGUUUAAAUUCUAACAUUUCCUUUUUCUCUCUUAA